AUGCGUUUAGUAUGUUCAUUAGAUCAAUUACAACUUGAUUAUAAAGUAAUGAAUCCAAAUCAAGAAGUUAUUAAAAGUAUGGAUGGAAAUAUUUCAAUGAAAGCAGUUGUUCGUGGUAUUGAUUAUAAUGAAAAAAUAAUGAAUUUUCUUAUUGACGAUGUAUAUGAUACAAAAGAUGAUCACAUAAGUGGGAUGAUUCGUAUAUCGCUUCCAACACAAUAUUUUCCACCAUCAUUUUCUUAUUUUAAUGAAAAAACAAGAUUUCGUGUUAAUACUGAAUAUUUCCUUUCAGUUGAUGUACACGUUGAUGGUAUAAAUACUAGUUUGAAAACUACCGUACCAUUAACGAUUGGAUUUGAACCUGAACAUAUUACAUUUAAUGAGGUUAUAUCACCGGAUUAA